GGUGCUGCAAAAAUGGUUGGCAAGCAGAGGAUCCAGCUGGCCAAGAAGCACGGCAAGAACAGGAUGUCCUGCAGCGCGGGUGGUCCCAAGACCUCGCAAAAUGUGCCUGAAGGGAAGACGACAGUAAGACCCUGGUUAUUGGCUCUUUUCAUUUAUUUUUCUGUCCGUGGCUCUUCAAUUUUCCAGAUUAUUCAGAGUGUCAGGAAGGGCAUGUGA